GCUGGUCCUUCCGAGCCCCACGAAGCCCAUCGCCCUUGUGGCGGCAAACCUUUCCAUUUCACACCCGCGCUCUCUCUCUCUCUCGGUGUGUGUGGGGGGGCCUGGAUUAUUCAACGAGAGAGAGAGGGAUCCUCUCCGGAAUCGGGGGAGGAAGGCGUAAGCCCAUCAUCUUCUACCAAACCAUUUUCUUCCGAACUCGUCUCUGCAAGUGGGGAGCGCCCUCCCUCUCUGUCUCUCUCGCUUACAGUGGACAGUGUGAUCUUGCAACUUGAACUACAAUCAGGAGGUGACUGUUGAGGCUCUAUUUUGACCUUCCCUAUCAAUGGAGACACAGAGACUUCCCUUUCUGGACACUGAAAGACCUUGGCUUAGUCUUUAUGGCAUCAGGGUUAGGCCAAUUCCUCCUUUUGGAAGUGCAAGCAGUAGGCCAUUCAUUGAUUCUGCUCUCCUUCAUCGAUGUUUGCCUGAUGAAUUGCUUCAUGAGAUAUUCAUGAGGAUGACACCUUACAGCUUAGGGAGGGCUGCAUGUGUAUGCAGAAAAUGGCGUUUCACUAUUCGCAAUCCUAUCUUUUGGCGCAAUGCCUGUCUGAAGACAUGGCAGAUCUCUGGUCCAGUAGAAAAUUACAAGCUUGUCCAAUCUCUAUAUGAAGGUUCUUGGAGGAAAAUGUGGCUUUCAAGACCAAGGGCUCGUACUGAUGGUCUUUAUGUAAGUAGAAAUACCUACAUCCGAGCUGGAGUUGCAGAGUGGAAAAUUACAAACCCAGUGCACUUGGUGUGCUAUUACCGUUACAUCAGGUUUUUCCCAACAGGGAAGUUCCUUUACAAGAAUUCUUCUCAACGUGUUAAAGAAGUUGCAAAAUGCAUGAACUUCCGUGCAUCAAAGGCAGAAUGUGUUUUUAGUGGUCGCUACACUUUGACAAAUGACCAGGUAGAGGCUGCUAUUCUAUACCCAGGCCUGCGUCCUACUGUUCUUCGGAUUCGCCUAAGGCUCAGAGGAACGUGUGUGGGCGCAAACAAUAGAUUGGAUCUUCUUUCAUUAGUCACUAGCGGAAUAGGUAACAAUGAACUAGAUGGGCAGGACGAUAUGCUUGGCGUAGUAGAACAAUGGCAAGAUGAUGAGACGCAUAAUCCCGAUGUACCUGCAGUCUCUCACAGGAGGGGCUUAGCACCUUUUGUGUUCGUCCCAUUUGAAGAGGUGGAGACAUCCGUCCUAAAUCUACCCGUGGACAAGAUGGAUUACUUUGUACCUGGAUGACCAUUGGCUAUUGAGCAUGUACAGGACGCAUUUUUUUCUGUAUUCCCUUGCUUCUACAUAAAUGUAUUCAUUGUAUCUUUUAGCACACUUCAGUGGUAGGAAUAUGGAAAAGGUUUUCAGAAGGCUCAUUGUGUAAAUGCACGGUAAUAGUUUGGAUGAAAAGAAUCCUCCAGCAUUAUGCUAGUGGCAAGCUUGUUCUUGGAGCUCCAAAAAAAUAUGCAUGCAGUGCUUUUCUGGAAGUUUUGUCUUCAAAAUGUAGUUCAGGUGGACAUAGAGUCUGAACAGGGUUGGCAGAUAAAA